CACUAGAAUCUUGAUAAAUAGAAGAUACAUAUUCAUCAAGUAAUGGAUAGAAAUUGCAUUGAGGUGAUGCAGUCUACAAUAACAAGUACACAUCAAUAACAUUGAAAUAAAUAUCAUUUAACAAUAAUCACACAUCAGUAACAUUAAGAUAGAAAUCAUUUAACAAAUAAUGAACCACAUGGUUAACAGUACCUUAAAAUUUGGACAUCCAAAAAUAGCUUGUCUGGAUUUUUCUCUGUUCUUGACAUGUAUAGAAUAGCAUAAACACCACAUUUACAUGUAGGAACAACAAAUCUUCUUCUGGUGUGAUUACUCACAAGCAUAUCCUUCUUUGCCACUUUAGCUCUGCUCGUCACCUCCAUCUCCUUCAACUCCACUCUUGUUCAUUUUUUAGGGUUUCGCAGCUUGCAGAACAACAAAUAGAAGUUUUCAUACCAGUAUUCAAUCCAUUGCGACGCUGUUUUCAAUUGAAGAGUUAGGGUUAAUUAGAUCUUUAUCGAAUUUCAUCUGUGCAUCGUAUCAGUUUCCAUCCAAUUCGGAAUUAACAGUUCAAGAGAUAAUGGAUAUCUCAUCCCAUUAACAAUCUAUAAAUGGCGUUGUCCUGGAGGUAAAGGUCAAGAUCAGGAUCAAGAUCGGCUGAGUGUUUACUCUAUUUGGAUUUUAGACACGAACUUCGUCCAAAGUAUUGUUGAGUCCAUACUCCCCCCAAAAAACGCUUAGUGUGUUAGCAGUCGAAUUCAACUUAAAACCUUGAUCAAAGUUGUCGUCAACUCCCCACAAUGUUGUCAAAGCUUGCUACCUCUUCUCUAGCUUCGUUCUCGCCGUGUUUCCAAUUCAAUGCCAAAAACCUCAACCUCUCUCGCACUAAACCCUUAUUCUUCAAACACCUUCGAAGAAGAGCAACCGUGUCUAUUCCCUUCCAUUUUGGUUCUCUGAGUGAAAGAACUCUUCCAUCAGUUUGUUUCUCCAAUCCUCGAGACGAAUCUGAAACCAAGUUACAGGACAAGGAAUCUGGAUCGAACAAAUGGCCAAUUCUCCAGCGAUGGCAGGUGCCUUGGCAAUGGCAAACACUUGCGUUAACUUCUCUGUCCUGUGGAUUAGGUUUCGUUUUUACAGGUUUGGUUGAGGCAGCAGCAGUAAUAAAUCUGGGCAUUCAGUACGAUGAGCUAAGUUUAGAUGAGAAAUCGGAGAUAAGUUUCGCGGAGCAGGGCCUUAUAACUGCUGUUGUACUUGGAAUUAUUUAUCGUAUGGCUAACAGUUACCAGCCACUGUCAGAAGACUUCUUCAAAUAUGAUUGGGGAGUACCUUUCGAUCUUCAAAAGGGGUGGCUUUUGUGGGCAGGAAUCGGACUAGCUGGUGCCCUGACUGCCAUGGCGAUGACUGGAGCUGUCAUGUCCUUCUUUAGUGGCGAAACUCCGGAAAUGGAGAUUGACUCUCUUGUUACGUUGCUUCCAUCAAUUGGAUCUUUGAAUAUCACUUUCAGUACUGCUUGUGUGGUAGGAACAACAGGUGUUCUUGCUCCCCUUCUUGAGGAGACUGUAUUUCGAGGCUUUAUUAUGGCUUCCUUGACUAAGUGGGUUCCGACCCCGGUAGCAAUCAUCAUUAGUGCUGCUGUAUUUGCUCUUGCCCAUUUCACUCCUGAAGCUUUUCCACAACUGUUUGUUUUAGGGACAUUUAUGGGGAUUUCAUAUGCUCAAACUCGCAACCUUCUCGCUCCCAUCACUAUCCAUGCUUUCUGGAACACUGGUGUUGCAUUGCUCCUUUCAUCACUUCAGCUUCAAGGACAAUAAUAUAUCGAAGAAUUGUUUCAGAUUUCUUGAUGGGAACAUUGUCUGUUCUGCACAAAUGUGGCGCAUGUACAAAUCUAUAUCUUUGUAUAAACUUCUCCCUUUUUCUUGCAAAGUAGAAGUAUAAGCUGGGUAUUUUGAUUAUGGCGAAUAAAAUAUGCAAUGAGCUUUGAAAUUUGAGGUAUGUAAUAAUGCGCGAUAAGUUUUCUAUUAGACUAAUUUUGUAUAUGAAUUUCUAUGUAAUCUUUAUGGUAUCACAAGUCAGAACAACCUCAACUACUUAACCUAGCUGCUUCAAGGCUUGUUCCUCAAA